CUGUCGCAGCGGGUGGCGAAGUACUGGAUGCAGCGCUACAGCCUGUGGUCCAGGUAUGACGAAGGCGUGCUCAUGGACGAAGAGGGCUGGUUCUCAGCCACACCUGAAGUGGUGGCCAUGCACCAUGCCGAGAGGGUGGCGGGCCGGGUGGUGGUGGACGGCUUCUGCGGCGUCGGCGGCAGCGCUGUGCACUUGGCGCGGCGGUGCAGCCAUGUGGUCGCCGUGGACAGCUGCCGGCCGCGCCUGGACCUGGCCGCGCACAACGCCGCCGUCUACGGAGUGGCCGACCGCCUCGAGCUGCUCUGCGCCGACUUCCUGCGCCUGCCUGCCACCCUGCAGGCGGAUGCAGUAUUCAUGUCGCCACCAUGGGGUGGCCCCGCGUACUCUGCAAAGACCUUUGACGUGUCUCACGAUAUCGGCGGACUCGGAGUGAGCCUUGCGCAGCUGCUGGCCAUUGCCAUGUGCAUGUGUGCAGAUGGGGCGGUGGGGCUGAUGGUGUUUCUGCCGCGCAACACGGAUCUGGUGCAGCUGUCGGCGGCGCUUCCGGGGAACGCCUGCUGCGAGGUGGAGCGCGUCGUUCUCAAUGGCUUCCUCAAGGCCAUCACUGUCUAUGUCGGUGCCGUGGCACGCACU